GCUGGCCGACCCAGGCCACUGGUGCAGAGUCCAAUCCCUCUUCACUUUUUAGUCAAUAAACUCUCCUGUUCUUUUCUUCUCUUUUCUUUUUCACAUCUGGAGGUUCAGUUAUGGCUCUUUUGAUUUGGAGUUCUAGUUCAGCUCUUGCAGAUUCCUGAGCUCCACUGUGGUCUUGUAGUGUUUCUGUUUCCAAGGCGUCGUCAACUGAACACCCGGUUUCUCUUUUCCAUACAUGGAGACUCUUGCAGAGGUGCCACUGUUUGAGUUCGAUGACAGUGAGGAUGAGGGCGGCGGCCUGUCAAUGAAGACUCCAGGCCUGUUCUCCAACGCCGGCCACACCCCUUCAUCAUCGCCGCCGAGUCUGGACCCAGACACGUUCAUCUACAUGAACUUCAUGAAGAGCCAUUGCUGCUAUGACGCCAUCCCCACCAGCUCCAAACUGGUCAUCUUCGACACCACGCUACAGGUGAAGAAGGCGUUCUUUGCUCUGGUGGCCAACGGCGUCCGGGCGGCACCGCUCUGGGACAACAAACUCAAGUGUUUUGUAGGUAUGUUGACCAUCACCGACUUCAUCAACAUCCUCCAUCGUUACUACAAGUCUCCUCUGGUUCAGAUCUAUGAGUUGGAGGAACAUAAGAUCGAGACGUGGAGAGAGAUUUACCUCCAUUCCUUCAACCGACUGAUCAGCAUCACCCCCGAGUCCAGUCUGUUCGAUGCCAUCUACUCGCUGCUGAAGAAUAAGAUCCACCGUCUUCCUGUCAUCGACCCUGAGUCUGGAAACGUCCUCCACAUUCUGACCCACAAACGCAUCCUCAAGUUCCUCCACAUCUUUGGCUCUACGAUUCCUAAGCCCAGGUUCCUCCAGAGACGUGUUGGUGAGGUGGACAUCGGGACGUUCCGACAGAUCGCCACCGUCCAGGAGUCUGCCUCAGUCUACGACGCUCUCACCAUCUUCGUAGAAAGACGAGUAUCAGCUCUGCCCGUCAUCAAUGAACAGGGCAAAGUGGUGGCGCUUUACUCCAGGUUUGACGUCAUUAAUUUGGCUGCACAGAAGAACUACAACAAUCUGAACAUGACGAUGCGUGAAGCCCUGUCGUCCAGAGCCUGUUGGAUGGAGGGCGUCCUCAAGUGUUACCCCCACGAAACCUUGGAGACCGUCAUUGACCGUAUCGCCAAGGCCGAGGUUCAUCGUCUGGUGUUGGUGGACUCUGAGGACGUGGUCCGAGGGAUCGUCUCUUUAUCCGACAUCCUCCAAGCCCUCGUCCUCUCUCCGGCAGGUAUUGAUGCACUUUACUCCUAACUCCGCCCCCUUUCACCUCCUCCCUCCCGGUUGGUUUUUAUGCCCCUGGUUUCAUCUUUUCAUCCACUCAUCCUUCGUUGAAUCUGCCAAAGCUUCUGCGACUAUGAUUUGUCGACCUUCUUCUUCUUCUGUGAAUGCUUCCUCUGACUCUUUAUCCUCCUGGAAACACUGAUGGUUUUUCUUCUGUUCGUCUGAAACCACCUGGUUGUGUCGUCUAAAGUUCAGCCACCAUCUACAUCCUUCCUUCUAUGAUGUUUAGAUCGUUGUUGGUUGUUUCCUCAUGGACCUCAGACCUUUUGCUGUGAUCAACUAACCAACUAAGCCCUCCCUCUUCCUCCUCUUCCUCUUCUCCGACCUGGAACUUCUUAAACCUCCCUGUUACACUCUCUACACUCCAAACCAAUCAUCCAACGCUCCCCGAGCCUCCUCUGACUCCAAACCUCCUCAAACCUCGUCUGAACUUCUCUACAUUCUUCGAGAUCUGGCGCUGACGCUCUACGUCUUCUCCUAAACCUCACAAACUCACCCGAUGUCCUCAGGCUGUGGUUUCUCUUCGACAACAACGAUCCCAGUGGCGCCUGUUAACAGAUCCGGUCCAGCCGUGAACCUCCAGAUAUUUAUGGGAGACCACGCUGUCAAGAUGAAGACGAGCUGGAGAUGAACCAAAUAAAAAGCUAAUCAUGAGUAAAUAAGAGGCUGGGGGAGCUCAUUCAUGACUGGAAUUAAGUCAGUUCCAGACGGGAGACGAUGACAAACCUGACUGAGACGAUCCGUUAAACGUUGUCCUCGUUUAAUGGAUGAACAGAACUGAGAAGGCGACGCUGGAAAUGGAACGAACUUUAACCUGAUCAGGACUUCAGUCAAAGGUUUUAAAGCUGUGAUCAAUAUUUACUGUAAAUAUCAUGUUAUGUUUAAUGUUUGUACUUUAUGAGGCCAGUUUCACAAAGAUAUUUAUUCUAAACUCGUAAUCAGCCUAAAAACAUACAGAUAACAAAUCCCUGGAGAAGGACAAGGUUUGUUUCUAUAAAAAGUACAGAUUUUUAGAAGGAUUUUUGGAUUUUAUUAUUCAUUCUAAUCAACUGUAGGUUAUUAUAUCAAAACAGGGAAAACUUUUUU